CAUAAACACAUAUUUGUAUUUGGUCAAACAAAACGAAAUAUAAAAUUCAACCAGACUUAACCUUAAAUUAAUUUAUGAAUUUUCAAUAUCAGUAAUUCAGUAUAAUAAAUCCAAAUUCUUUUCUAUCUUACACACCAUUGUUUUAGGUAACGAUUUUCUUAAUUUUUUUUUAAAAAAAAAAUACUUUUAUGAGUUAUUCUGUUAUGGUUUGGAGUAUAUAUGCAAAUUAUGCCAUUAUAGAAUAUUAAGUAGUUAUUAUUUAUUAAAAUAAACAAAUAAAUUAGAGAGAGAGAGAAAGAGAGAAAGUGGGUGUGACUGAAACUCCAAGGAAACAAAUUCACUUUCCUCAAUUCGAAGAAGAAGAAGGAGAAGAAAGAUAGACGGCUUAGGCAGUCCUCUAAGUCUCACAGUCACAGUAAUAAUUCAGUGAAAAAAGUUUGAAGAUGAGUGACAAUAUAAUGGAGAAAGUGAGCGCUUUUGGAGAGCGUCUCAAGAUUGAAGGGGCCGACGUGGGUAGAAAGAUGACUGCGGGAAUCAGUUCGAUGAGCCUUAAGAUGAAGGAGCUCUUUCAAGGCCCAAACCAGGCGGAUAAGCUUGUCGAUGAUGCAACCUCAGAGGCACUGGAGGAGCCUGACUGGGCCUUAAAUCUUGAUAUUUGUGACAUGAUCAAUACUGAGAAACUCAACAGUGUUGAACUGAUUCGUGGGAUAAAAAGGCGAAUUGUUUUGAAGAAUCCUAGGGUUCAAUAUUUGGGUUUAGUGCUACUUGAAACUUGUGUCAAGAACUGUGAGAAGGCUUUCUCGGAAGUGGCGGCUGAGAGAGUUCUUGAUGAGAUGGUGAAGCUCAUUGAUGAUCCUCAGACUGUUGUUAACAAUCGUAACAAGGCUUUGAUGUUGAUCGAGUCGUGGGGGGAAUCAACUAGUGAGCUCCGUUAUUUGCCAGUUUUUGAAGAAACAUACAAGAGUCUAAAAUCAAGGGGAAUUCGGUUCCCUGGUCGCGACAUGGAGAGCCUGGCACCUAUUUUUACUCCCCCUCGUUCAGUUUCAGCUCCUCCAGAACCAGAUGAUAGUCUUUUGCAGCAAAUUCAGCGUGAGCCCCCUGUCCAAAGCUUUACAGCUGAACAGACAAAGGAAGCAUUUGAUGUUGCGAGAAACAGCAUUGAGCUUCUUUCUACAGUCUUGUCCUCAUCACCACAGCAAGAUGUUCUACAGGAUGACUUAACAACCACACUUGUACAGCAGUGUCGUCGGUCCCAGGCUACCAUACAGAGAAUGAUUGAAACUGCAGGAGAUAACGAGGCCCUGCUAUUCGAGGCAUUGAAUGUGAACGAUGAGAUCCAGAAAGUAAUGUCCAAGUAUGAUGAGCUGAAGAAGCCAUUAGAUGUUUCAGCUGAGCCAGAACCAGCUAUGAUACCUGUUGCCGUCGAGCCUGAUGAGUCACCCCGGCAUACAAGGGAGGAAGAGGCAUUGGUCCGAAAGCCAGCUGGCUCUCGGAUUGGAUCCCAGGGAGGAAGCAACGACGACAUGAUGGACGACCUUGACGAAAUGAUAUUCGGGAAGAAAGGUAGUGGCGGUACGUCAGAAGGUGGGCAAGAUGGUAAGAAACAAGCAGCAAAGGAUGACUUAAUAUCAUUUUGAGUCUGGUAGUGGUAGACUACUGGUAAUUCCUUAAAUAUUUGGACUGAGUGAGACCUGUGACUGUCAUGGUUGUUAUGUUGGAAUGUUUAAAAGUCCUUUUUUUUCUUUUUAAUUUGAUAUAUACUGGAGGUAUUUAUCCAUUUUCAUUCUUCUUUUUAUUACCAUUUAUUUCCUCAUUCACUUUGUGUAAGUAAUUUAUGAUGGCUGAUGAUGAUGAGGUCUGUUAUAUUUUAUAGAACAGUGGAUUAUUCAUGGAUGAUAUCCAUUUUCAUUUUCUUCA